GCAAUUAUUUGACUGAAUGAAUUUUAGUAGAGGUUAUGUUUACUGGAUAAUUUUGUCGAGUCAGGUACAUCGUUAAUAGUGUAAAACUAAUAAUUCAGAUACUAAGCACAACGCGAAAAUAACAUAAUGUUGGUGACACUAAAGACUUUGCAACAACAAACGUUUCAAGUAGAGAUCGAUCCAGAAGAAAGCGUCAAAGCACUGAAACUAAAAAUUGAAGUUGAAAAAGGUAAAGACUAUGCUGCCGAUCAUCAAAGACUUAUCUACGCUGGAAAGAUUCUGUUGGACCAUAACAAGCUUGUUAGCUAUAACAUAGACGAAAAGAAAUUUAUUGUUAUUAUGGUAACAAAACCUAAGGCGUCUGAAGUUCAAGCGUCAUCUACUUCUGCUCCUGAGGCCGGUGAAAGUGCGUCUACAGAAAGUGGUGACAGUAAAGACAAAACUGCCGCUGAAGAACCGCCUAAACCUGCGACUGCCGCGGAAGCCGAACAUGCAGCCGAAGUGCCUGCCGCAGUCGCAGCCAACGAGCCUGACUUCGAGUCCACCGUGCAGAGCAUCAUGGACAUGGGAUAUAACCGACAACAAGUAGAGCAAGCGCUGCGCGCUUCCUUUAAUAAUCGUGAACGAGCAGUGGAAUACUUAAUAACAGGUAUCCCUGAAGAACUACUUCAGGAGCAAGAUGUGGAUGAGGGGUCUGAUGAAGACCCAUUAGCGUUUCUUCGCGACCAACCUCAGUUUCAACAAAUGCGAGCUGUUAUUCAACAGAAUCCUAACUUAUUGAAUGCUGUGUUACAACAGAUUGGUCAGACAAAUCCUGCACUGCUGCAAGCUAUUAGUCAGCAUCAACAGGCCUUUGUUAGAAUGUUAAAUGAACCUGGUAAUGCUAGUUCUGGUGCAGCUGCUGCUGUUGAAGACAGUGCUGCAGAGGCCCCCCAGGCGCAGCCCCCCAACGUCAUCCAAGUGUCACCGCAAGACAAAGAGGCAAUUGAAAGACUAAAAGCACUAGGAUUUCCGGAAGAUAUGGUCAUUCAAGCAUAUUUUGCCUGUGAAAAGAAUGAAAAUCUAGCAGCUAACUUCUUGCUGUCCCAGAAUUUUGAUGACUAACAUAAUUGACAAAUGAUAUUAUACAAAAGUGUAUUACAAAUGUUGUCGAUCUAUGUCAAUAGCCUAACUAAUAGUUCAUUGCUUGUAUAUUUCAAGUGUAUUUUUACACUGAGUUUCACAACAAUUUGUCAUCAUUUAUGUCUAAUAAAUUUCUUAUUGUUCACUCA